AUAAUGUAACGUUAGAGUGAUAGAUACAGAAAUAUAGAGAGAGAAAAGCGGAGCUACGACCAUAUAGCAAAGUGAGAGAAUCAGCCUUUAGAUCUGCGCUUCGCUGUUUUCUCUUGUUUUCGUAGCUGCUUUUUUACUUUGAUUCCAGUGAGUGUGAUUCAGCAGCAUUGAUCCGCAAGUCUCAAUUCCAUCCUUGCGCACUUGAAUUUUGCUCUGUCACUCAACCGCCCUUUCCAUUUUUGUGUUGCCGUUUCUUAGCUCCGAAUUCGAAUUGCAAUUUGGAUUGCAUUGAUGCUGUUUUGACUGGAUGGUGUUUAUCCAACGGCGCUCGCCGGAGCUCCGGUGAGUUUCUGGCGAGUGAGAUCAGAGUGUAAUGCUGGGUUUGAGGGUAAUAUAGGGCAAAAUGUUCAAGUCGGCGCGGUGGAGGAGCGAUAAGAACAAGGUCAAAGUAGUGUUUAAGUUGCAGUUUCAUGCAGCUAAGGUGCCGCAAAUUGGAGGGGAUGCACUGAUGGUAUCUGUUGUUCCUGCGGAUAUUGGAAAGCCUACAGUUAAAUCGGACAAGGCAUUAAUUCGGGAUGAGAGUUGUUUCUGGGAGAAUCCAGUGUAUGAGACUGUGAAGUUCAGUCGAGAGCCCAAAACAGGGAAGAUUCAUGAGAGGAUGUACUACUUUGUUGUAGGGACGGGAGCGUCUAAAGGUGGAGUUCUUGGAGAAGCCUCAAUUGAUUUCUCAAAUUAUGUGGAGUUAAAUAAGGUUUCCCUGGUUGCUCUUCCCCUCAAGAACUCAAAAACCGAAGCUGUAUUGAAUUUAUCAAUUCAGAGGAUCCAAGAGUCUAUUGAUGAGAGAGAGAUCGAAGAAACUGAGAGUGUAAAACUAUAUAAAGAAAACAGCCUGAAGUCGCAGUUGAACAAUGGUGACGAAGAUGGAACCAUAAAGAGCAGUUCUGAUGAUCUGCCAUUGAACAAGACUGUUACCCACAUCGCUAAAUUCAAUGCCAACCGUCGAACAUCCAGUGGAUCUGAUCUCACUAUUUCAAGCUCUGAAGGCAGUUGUGGAGUUGAGAUACCAUGGCAACCUCAGAUCAAGAAUGGCAGUGCCCAUCAAGAGCCUGCUUCAGUUCUACCAUCUUUGAGGCCGAACUCUGAUACACAACCUUCAGUGCAUGAAGAGCGUGAAAGGUCACAAUUGGAUUGGUCAGGCAAUUCUGCACUUGAAGUUAGUACAGACGACUCAUCUGGAACACCUAGAGACACCUUUCUAAGGCAGAAUUCGGAUGAAUCCUCGGGUAUUGUGGUUGAGAAGCUCAAAUCUGAAGUUGCUGCUUUAUCCAGACAAGCAGAGAUCUCUGAGUUAGAACUUCAGGCACUUCGUAAGCAGAUUGUGAAGGAGAGCAAAAGGGGGCAAGAUCUUUUUAGAGAGCUUGCUUGCUUGAAAGAAGAAAGAGAUGCUCUGAAGGGAGAGUGUGAUAUGCUCAAAGCUUCAAGGAUACGAAUAGACGAAGCAAGAAGUAGAACAAAUUCUCUAGAUGAGGGAGGGGAGCCUUAUGCGAUCGUUGAAGAACUGAGGCAAGAGUUGAAACAUGCUAAAGAACUAAAUGCCAAUCUCAGAGUUCAACUUCAAAAGACGCAGGAAUCAAACUCUGAACUAUUGCUUGCAGUGAAGGACCUUGAGGAGAUGUUGGAGCAGAAAGACGGAGAUGCAUUGAACCUCUCAAGUGGAUCAUCGACUAAAGACGUGGAAGAAAAGUCUUACAGAGCAGGCAAACAUCGAUUACACAAUGACAAUGAUGAUGAAGAACAGAAAGCUCUUGAGGAGCUCGUGAAGGAGCAUGAUGACACCAAGCAAGCAUAUGUUCUAGAACAACAAAUCAUGGACAUGUGUAGUGAAAUAGAAAUCUACAAGCGAGAUAAAGAUGAGCUAGAGAUGCAAAUGGAGCAGCUUGCACUUGAUUAUGAAAUCAUGAAGCAAGAGAACCAUGAAAUGUCAUAUAAGCUAGAGCAGAGCGAGCUUCAGGAGCAACUGAAAAUGCAGUAUGAAUGUUCAUCCUCUUAUGCUACUACUCAUGAACUUGAAACUCAGAUAGAAAACCUAGAGAAUGAACUCAGAAGGCAGUCAAAAGAAUCGGCAGAUGCAUUUGUCAAAAUCAAUGAACUAGAAACUCAUGUCAAGAGCUUGGAAGAAGACCUUGAAAAUCAAUUACAUGGAUUUGAAGCUGAUCUGGAAGCUCUUAUGAGCUCAAAAGUGGAGCAGGAGCAAAGAGCUAUAAGAGCUGAAGAUAUAUUGAGAAAGACACGGUUGCAAAAUGCUAGCACAGCAAAAAGGAUUCAGGAGGAAUUUAGAAGGCUUUCGGUGCAGAUGGCGACUACGUUUGAAUCCAAUGAAAAACUGGCUGCCAAAGCUCUAGCCGAAGGAAACAAGCUUCGUCUAGAGAAAUUUCAUUUAGAAGAAGCCAUCAAGAAAACUUUUGAAGAGCAUCAAUCAGUCAAGAGUAGUUAUGAGGAUAGUUUGUGUCAGCUUACCAAUCAAGUUAAAUCUAUGACUAAUCAAAUAGAAAAGAUGCAGUCAGAAAUCGAUGAUAAAACAUCGCAGCUUGAAUAUCAGAAAAAGCAGACUGAAGAAUCCCAGAGGCUCCUUUCAGUCGAAGUUUUAAAGCUCAAGGAAGAGAUUAGCACAUGCGGGAGUAUGAAUAAAACAUUUUCAGAGGACUUAGGGUGUAAGGAGAUACUCUUGCAUGAGUUGGAACAAAUUAGGAACUCCAUCAAGGUAAUGGACUCGCUUGUGUUGCAAGGGAAUGAAGAAAGAAUUGUUCUAGAAAACAGGAUUGCAUCGUUGAAAAAUGAUGCUGAGGACUCACAGAAGGAACUGAAUAAAAUGAGAUGUCUUCUGGAAGAAAAAGAAUUGAUUGUUGGGACUUUGCAGUCAGAGCUAGAGUCCCUUCACUCACAGUACGACGAAAUAAAGCAUUCCCUAUCACAGUAUGAAUUGGAAAAUGAGAAGUUGAGGAAAAAAGUUUCUCAGUUAAAAGAGGAAUUGAAGAAGAAUGAAGAUGCCCUCAGAAGUAUGGAGAAGACGAUGAAGGAUGUAAUCAAAGCAACUUCGGAAACUCUGAAGCCUGUUAUUUGUGGCUCCAUAGAAGUUGCAGAUCUUAAAGAGAGAAUUAAGUUACUUGAGGGUCAGAUCAAGUUAAAGGAAAGUGCUCUGGAAAUAUCAAAUAAUUCAUUUCUUGAGAAGGAAAAGGAACUUCAUCAUAAAACCGAAGAGUUAGAACGAAGAAUGGAAGUACUCAACCAAACCACCAUUCAAUAUGAGAAUGGACUUGAAAAGAUAGCUACGAUUUCAGAUGAGCAGGAUCCACAUGUCAGAUCAAUUGAAGAAGCAACAAAGAGUGAUGAAGUUUCAACCAAUCUCAAUGGCCACAACGACAAUCCACAAGAUGCACAAGAAUGUUCAAGGCAUCGUAAUGAAUUAACAAAUGAGAUGGAACUAUUGAAAGAGAGGAACAGGUUGAUGGAGGCAGAACUGAAUGAGAUGCAGGAGAGGUAUUCAGAAAUAAGCCUCAAGUUUGCAGAAGUUGAAGGCGAACGACAACAACUCGUAAUGAAAGUACGCAACCUCAAGAACAAGAAAAAUCACCAUAGCGCUGCCUAAACUUGUUUGGCACAGUAUGUAGGUAUGUUAACUGUGGCACUUGGGUAGCUUCACAUUGACAGUUUUUGCUGAGUAUUUUAAAGAAUAUUUCUUUGUAAAUUGUUAUAUAAUUUUCCUAAUAUUAUCUAUAUCUAUAUAUAAGGUUGUUUCUUCACUUCAUUGAAUGUAAUGUAAUACAAAAUCCUCAGUAGCUGAUUCUUUUUUUCUUUC